CCAAACAGAUUCGGGCACUUCCGCUUCCCCUCGGCUUUCUUCUAGUCGGUGUCCGCGGCUGGGCCAGGGCCGGGUGCCCGCGGAAGCGGCGGUGGCGACGCCAUGGCGGAGCUGACGGCUCUGGAGAGUCUCAUCGAGAUGGGCUUCCCCACUGGACGCGCGGAGAAGGCUCUGGCCCUCACAGGGAACCAGGGCAUCGAGGCUGCGAUGGACUGGCUGAUGGAGCACGAAGACGACCCCGAUGUGGACGAGCCGCUGGCCACCCCUCUUGGACAUAUCUUAGGAAAGGAACCGACCUCCACAGAGCAAGGACACGGAUCCGCUGCGGCAGAAGGCAAACCGAUUUUGAGUGAAGAGGAAAGACAGGAACAGACUAAGAGGAUGUUGGAGCUGGUGGCCCAGAAGCAACGGGAGCGUGAAGAAAGAGAGGAGCGGGAGGCACUGGAACGGGAACGACAGCGCAGGAAACAAGGGCAAGAGUUGUCAGCUGCACGACAGCGGUUACAGGAAGAUGAGAUGCGCCGGGCUGCUGAGGAGCGUAGGAAGGAAAAGGCUGAAGAGUUAGCAGCCAGACAAAGAGUGCGAGAGAAGAUCGAAAGGGACAAAGCAGAGAGAGCCAAGAAGUAUGGUGGUACUGUGAGUUCUCAGCAGUCACCACGAGCAGAGCCAGGUCCUGUUCCCUCCUCUCCCAGCCAGGAGCCGCCCACCAAGAGGGAGUAUGACCAGUGUCGCAUACAGGUCAGGCUACCAGAUGGGACCUCAUUGACCCAGACUUUCCGAGCUAGGGAACAGCUGGCAGCUGUGAGGCUCUAUGUGGAGCUCCACCGUGGGGAAGAACCUGGAGGGGGCCAGGACCCUGUGCAGUUGCUCAGUGGCUUCCCCCGGCGGGCCUUCUCAGAGGCUGACAUGGAGCGGCCCCUGCAGGAGUUAGGACUUGUGCCUUCUGCUGUCCUCAUUGUGGCCAAGAAAUGUCCCAGCUGAGAGGCCUUUACCCCACCAUUCCUCUGUGACCUCUUCAUCUUUGAUAAAGCACUGACAUCUCCUUCCUAAUAAAUAGACCCUCUGAGUUCUG